GAUUAACAUGAAUACAUAAUCUAUACAGUAACUGUAUGCUUAGUUUUAUGGGGUAUUAUUUAUUCAAGAAAAUGUUGGACUGUUGUUUUUUAUUUGUUGUGUUCUGUGGUGCCAGUGUUGUUCGAAUAUUAUCUACAAACUUUCUUUACGUAGCUGGAGGAGAAAUUUGUCAAGCUGGUCUUUCCAGCAUAAAUGGAACAUGUGGAGAAUGUCCAGAUGGAUUUUAUGGAGACAACUGUGCUAAAAUGUGUCCAGAGAAAACUUUUGGGGCACGAUGUGGCGGAUAUUGUGACUGUUUACCUAAAGAUUGUGAUCAUAAGGUCGGGUGUCUUAAACAGCAAGGAAAUUCAACUCAGGAUGAAGAAUCGAUGAAAUGUAAGGAAAACUUGAAAGCAACCACAUCUACAAAGAGAGCAGUCAUCAUAACAAUAGGAACAAUUGUUUGUUGUAUACUCAUAUUUUAUAUAUCCUACGAGAUUCGUAAUUGCAUUAUUCGUAAUAGAUGGCUUCAUGAUGGCAAAUUCGUUCAAAGGAUAUAAAACAACUAAAUGUACCCCAGAAUUAGAGAAAAAAAUUGAGUUUAAAAAGCCUCUCAGCUGGAUAACACUGGGGUUAUUUUUAGAUAAAAUACAUAUGCCUUGGAUGUAAUUAAGAAGAAUAAUCGUAACAUUUGUAUUCUUCUUUUUUGUACACUAUUAGAGUAAAUACACAAUAUCAUAUUAUACAGAAUAAUUACAAUAUUCUGUUAUGAAAUAAUUUCAGCACAUCUGAGACUCUACUUAGACAGGCAUGUGUUACAACGGAAAUAAAAGCAAUAAAAAUAAAUAAAAUGCUUAAGAUGAGAUCAACAACUUGUUCUCAUAAACACACAUGGAUACUUAUAUUAAGGAAGUCAAAGGGGACGGAACAGAGAAUGACUUGAUUUGUGGCAAAAACGAUAUUUUACCUAUAUAUAGUAUAAAUGGAAAAAAAAUGCUAUAUCAAACAGCUGUAGGAAAUCUAUGACGGAAAUUUUUAUAAAUAGUUUUCUGAUUCCAGUUGACAAAAAAUUAGAUAACGGCUUAUAAACGAUUUUUUUGGAGGUUCUUGUUUGUUCUGCUCCUGUGUUGUUUCCUUUGAAUAGACUUUUGGACUGGAUUACUGUUCGUUUCCUCAAAUAU